AACGAAGGCAAAUCUCGUCUUUGCGGGAUCCUCUUUGCAAAGUUCGUAUUGCUUUUUGGGAGCUAUUAGUGGACCUCCGCCGCUCCUUUACUUCCCUCGGUCUCUCGACUCGACCGGUUCCGUCUUUGCUGGUGUCUUCGACUGCUCCUGACCAAACUCGUAUUUACUUGGGGCUAGAAGCUGCUUCUCCCCUCCCACCUUCGUUUUUCGGUUUGUCUCUCGCGGACAACUAAGGCAGAUGCAGACUUACGAGACAGAAGAAGCAGCAGCAGUCAAGCAGUAGUGGCAGCAGCAAGCGUGCGCACCUCCACCGUCAUCGCUCCUACUCGAUCCUCCCCGGUUACUUCGGUCUGGACGACGAGAGCCUGGAUCCUGAACCUGGCAAACUGGGCUUGCCUGACCACCUCGGAAACUGACAAGGUGCUACUGCUUCUUUGAGGGGUGUAGUGUGUUCAACCUGCAUGCACGUACAUGCCAACACCAACAUACAAGAACACGCACUUUCCCCGGCUUGAAGCAGUGUUGGUGCGUAAGUGUGUGUGGUGUGGCCAGACCAGCCGCCAUACGAAUUCACCUCUCGUUUGUUGAAGAGGGGAAAAAACGCCAACCAACCUUGCCGGUUCUUAGCUCGCAUCAUCGGAGCUACUCCAUUACCUCACGAGCGUGGCCCGACUCCCAUGCGCACCGUCUGCCCGGUUUAUGCCAGUCAGUCUUGACAUUGUGCAAGUUUUUGGCUGCUUUCUUAUUCCAACCUUGCGGCAUCCACUCGAUCUCUAUUUUGACACUUAAUCGACGCUUCCCCCAGAUUCCCAAUCUUCAGUCCAACCUUUCAUGCGGUCCGUUCAUCGAAGCCAAGGAUUCCUCCCACUGCAACCCACCGCAUCAUGAUCGCAAUGCGGGGCCGUCCAUCAUGGUCUUCUGUAAGCCGGCUUUUGCCGGCAUUUUUACUGGCAACCGUCCAGUUCACCACGGCAUACAAUUUGGAUACAAGUGAUCAAGCCGGUAUUAAAACCAUUGCGAGGUCAAUGACCGAAGAUCUCAUGUCGUUCUACGACGGAGACAAACCUGGCAAGACCCCAGGUCUUCUCCCCGAUCCAUACUACUGGUGGGAGGCCGGCGCGAUGAUGGGCACCAUGAUCGACUACUGGUAUUACACAGGCGACAGCACUUGGAACGACGUUGUCACUCAGGGUCUCCUCCACCAAGUUGGCAAAUUCAACGAUUACAUGCCAGAGAAUCAGACACGAACCGAAGGAAACGACGAUCAAGGAUUUUGGGGGCUUGCAGUCAUGUCUGCCGCCGAGUAUGGGUUCCCUAACCCCCCGGACGACAAGCCACAAUGGCUCGCACUGGCACAGGCCGUAUUUAACACCCAGGCCGCGCGGUGGGAUCCUGACCAUUGUGCAGGAGGUCUUCGAUGGCAGAUCUUCCAGUGGAACAAUGGUUACGACUACAAGAACACCAUUUCCCAAGCUUGCUUCUUCGCCCUUGCCGGACGCCUGGCUGUGUACACCGGCAACUCGUCCUACUCCGACUGGGCAGAGAAGACCUGGGAUUGGAUGGUUAACGUCAAGUUCAUUUCCGACGAUUACUAUGUCUUUGACGGCGGCCACAUUCAGUACAACUGCACCAACAUCGUACCAUAUCAAUGGACCUACAAUGCUGGCGGCAUGAUCCUCGGCGCUGCUGCCAUGUACAACCACACUGGCAGCGAGGUGUGGAAGAACCGACUCGACGGGCUGGUCAAGGGCGCAGACGUUUUCUUUGUUGGCGAGGAGAAGAACAUCAUGCAAGAGGUAGCAUGCGAGACGGUCGAACUCUGCAACCUCGACCAGCAGUCCUUCAAGGCAUACCUCAGCCGCUGGCUGGCGGCCAUCACUAAAUGGGCCCCGCACUUAACUGAUGGCAUCAUGUCCAAGAUACGCGCUUCAUCUAUCGCAGCUGCAUCGCAGUGCAAAGGCGGCACGAACGGACGCAUGUGUGGGUUGAAGUGGACCGAAAACGGGACUUGGGACGGAAUGCAGGGUGUCGGACAACAGAUGGCCGCGCUCGAAAUCACGCUCGGCAACCUCAUCGAAACUUCUCAUGCACCUCACACUGCAGACGUUGGCGGCACUUCUCAGGGCGAUCCUGGAGCCGGAGGUAACGAUAUCGGCCGGACGAUCCCCGCGGUCUCGACUUUGCCACCAUUAGGUGGCGGCGAUACGGCAGGUGCAGCAAUCCUGACGAUGGUUGUGCUUGGUCUCCUCAUUGUGGGUGUCAUUUUCAUGAUGCUAGAUGAGACGUCCAAAAAGCCCAUGAAGGAGCGGUUCUUCGAUUUCCGUUCCGCGCUCCUUGGUGGCGGUGGCCUCGCUGCACUAAGUACAAGGCGAAAGAAUGAAGAGAUGAAUGAGAAGGGCAAGGGAAUCGACAAUGAUGCAUCGAGCGACGGUGGCAGUUCGCGCGAAAACGGAAUACUGUCUCCCUUACCAACGAAAGGAUACACAAUGAGCAGCCACCAAGGCCUGCCACAACGAGGAAGUGUGCUCUCUCAUAUGAGCGGGACAACAGCAGUCACGGAUCCGCCUCCAGGAAUUCCCAUGGUGCGAGAGAAGAGGUUGAGCAGGAAGAGCCGGAACCCAGCACUGCGCAACAGCAUUGCGUCACAGCGAUCGGCUCGAAUUGAGUAGAACCUGUCUCGUUCCACAGUCUGGGAUCGGAGCAAGUUGCAUUCAACAUCAAAGGCGUUAAAUGGCGAGGACAGACGGACUUCUGGAACAUACUUGGAUUUUAGAUAUGCAUUGGGUUGGCAUCAUCUGGCAUUCAUUGGAGAAUAAAACCGAAUAGUCAUGGCCGGCUAUUACGGCACAACAAGCUCUAGAAAAUCGAGAGCUGGGGAACAGCCACGACGUUAUGACGAACUGUAUAUAGAUAGAUGAUGCCAAUUGUAAUUGAAGCCGCUAUCGGCUACUUUCACAACG